CAAUUUGUCAUUAGUUUGAAACGAAACAACGAAAUUAGUACCAGAAGCCAGUUUGACAUUAACACAUUAAAGAGAAGUUUGUAGAUUUUUCUGUGCAGUCGUCAAUUUUUGAAAAAGCGGAAAAAAAAUGUUACGUAAAGUUGUGAUUUUCAUGGUUGUAUUCAUCGUUGGCAUGAUUGCCAGUGAGGAAUCUUUCUUUGCGGAUUACAAAGAUGCAAAUAAUUUCGAUACUGAAAUUUAUGGUGAUUUAUUAAUUAAAUCUGCUGCAAAUACGAACGAUGAAAUCGCACACAAACCCGAACACUCUCAUAUGUUGGAAUCGAAAAGUUAUGGUAAACUCGUACACUAUAGCAUCGGUGCUCGCGUUUCAAGCGACCGACUAGUUGCAUCGGGCGGACAAAAUCAAAGCUGGCCAUCACCACAUAAUGUUCAAAUCCAAUUGACGUACCCAAGCGAAGGUUUUGGUGCCCAAGUCACUUAUGUUGCAAUCGUUGUGAAUCAGACAUCGACUUUAGGACAAGCAUACAUUGUUAAGGGCGGCAUCAAUGAGCACAUGAUUUCAAUCAUAGUCGAUGCAUACAGCACCAGUGUCUUCAACGUUUUCGCAUACAUCUAUGGCAUUUAAAGUCGUCCAACGAACUUGCUGAAAAAAAAAAUUUCAAUCUAAAUAUGCAUGACAUUAUUACGCAUUUAAAUGUAAAAAAGAAUGAAACAAGAACAAAUAAACUACUGUUCGAUUCAUAUAAGAGAGUAAAAUGAAAAUAAAUAAAUAAAUAAACAUGAUUGCAAAAGA